AUGAGACCCAGCACGAACUCCGCUGCACAAUGGACAUCCGAUCUAUAUUCCUACGCUGAUCAACCUAAUUCGAACUUGCUCUGCUGUAUAUGCCAGUACCCAUUCGUAGAGCCAACGACCACACGGACCUGCGCACACACCUUCUGCCGCAACUGCAUUCUACAUGCCCUGCAAACUUCGCCCCAUUGUCCCAUUGAUCGGUCGCCCUUGAAUUCGGAGAAUCUUGGUCCGGCCACGCCAAUUAUCCGAGAUAUGGUCGACGAGCUUGUCGUUCGAUGCAGUAACGAGGCAAAGGGGUGCCCUGCACGAAUUCAACGUCAGCUUCUGAAGACUCAUAUCCGGGAGGACUGUCAGUACGCUAGCGUACCAUGUCCAGAUCAGCAGUGCACGUUACCCGUCCAGCGACGGCGCGCUCGGACUGGUCAAUGCACGCAUGCGCGAGAUAGCCUAGAGCUCGAGGGCGAUGAUGCGCCCAUAGCCUCCAGUUCUACCACGUGCGCAAACUGCUCGAAGCAUUUGCCAUCCGCCGAAGCCCUCGCAAAGCACAUCGACGAAUGCGCCUCUUGCCCGCAUUUAUCUCACGGCUGCUCCUGGCGCGGUCACGUCGAUGAGCUGAAUGAUCAACACAUCAACUCAUGCCCAUAUGGAAGACUCGAGGGCUUCUUUACGAUACAUGACUCUCGCGCUGCUCGCUUGGAAGAGGAGAACCAGGUGCUGAGGAUACGCUUGGAUGCGACCGAAGGUCUAGUUCGCACACUACUCGCCGACAUGGCUGCGUUGAAGUCGUCUCUUGGCCCGUUCUUCUUGGCAGAUGUACCUGCGCAACCUGCACUACAGCCCGAACCUUCGCCCUCUGGCUUGUUGGGCAGUCCUGCCAUGCAGCAUGAACAAGCAAAUACGUCUCCGCGAAACUCAGCCGACAUUGCAAGCUACUUCCCCCCCGCGUUGCCUUCGAGCCCAACAUAUGCGGAUACGCAACCUGCUGUCGCUUCACCCGGAACAAGUCCUCGCUCUGAUUCUGACGCUGCACCACGUCCAACCCGGAAUCCACCCCAACCUAUACCAUUACACAAACACGUAUCCUCGUUAAUCAGCUCUAUGGACGCUCUGAUCGGAGACCAAGAGGCAUAUCGACGAGAUACGGACGCAGCGCAUGCUCAACUCGUCAAUGAGGUCGGCGCGCUCCGUGCCACAGUGGGUGGCUUGCGAAUGUACACGAGCGAACUAUCGCAAACAGUGGGCGCUCUUGUGGCGGAGAGAGGCGGCCUACCGGAUGAUGGCGGUGGACUAGGUGGUCCACCCGUGGGUUCGUUACCGUGGCUGGGACGAACGUAUGGAUCACCGUCGUACGGGCCCGGAUUUUCUCAUCCUGGUCCACUAGCUCCUCCUUUCACUAUGUCGCCUCCGUCCUCUGUACCAGUCAAACUAUAG